AUGUUUCAUCAACCACGACAAAUGGAAACUGAACUCCACGGCUACUCGGUGGAAUUCAGUCCAUUCGUAGAUAACCUCAUUGCCGUCGCAACUGCGCAGUACUUUGGAAUCGUGGGCAAUGGACGUCAACUUGUGGUUGAGCUGCUACCGACGGGAAGUCUUUGUCCGAUACGAGCGUUCGACACUCCGCAGGGCGUGUACGACUGUGCGUGGAGUGAGAACCACGGACAGCAACUUGUGAGCUCCUGUGCUGACGGGUCAGUAAAGCUCUGGCAUUUGCAAACACGCGAUGAGUUCCCUAUACAGAACUACCACGAGCACAAGCAAGAGGUGUCUGGAGUGAAUUGGAACUUGAUUGCAAAAGACUCGUUCGCGUCGGCCUCGUGGGAUGGCAGCGUCAAGGUCUGGAGACCAGAAGUGCCACAUUCCGUACGCACUCUUGCGGAACACACAAGUGCUGUAUACAAUGCAGUUUGGAACACGCAGAAUAACUCACUUGUCGCUUCGUGUUCGGGAGAUGGCACCGUGAAGAUCUGGGACCUCAAUUGUGCGCGCUCAGUCACCACAAUCACUGGACAACAUGGCAGCGAGGUGCUUGCUCUCGACUGGAACAAGUACAACCAGUAUGAACUCGUGUCCGGAUCGGCUAAUAGCUCAAUUACUGUCCAUGACAUUCGACAUUCAGGCCGUGAGGUGCGAUUGCUCUCAGGACAUAACUACGCGGUGAAGAAGAUCAAAUGCUCGCCAUACGACCAAGACGUGGUCGCGUCCGUGUCAUAUGACAUGACGGUCGGGAUCUGGAAUACGAAGUCUCCAUAUCCGAGACUUCAGAACGCGCAACACCACAGUGAAUUCGUGUGUGGGUUUGACUUUAGCCUCUUUGUAGAUGGUCUAGUGGCAUCGUGUUCGUGGGACCGACGGAUGGUCGUAUGGAACUACUUUGGCGGACCGCCACGGUCGGCGUUACCAUAA